AUGGAGGCCCAGGCCAUAGCAGCACUCACAGGGGUGUUGAAAUGCUCAGGCAGGAUGAUCUGGUCUGUACUGCAGCCAGAGGAGAGGCUGGAAAUUAUCCACAAGUGGGUAGACAAGUGGGAUGUGACCUGGUACAUAGAUGAGCACAAGAUCAUUGUGCCUGACCUUGAUGGCCACCAUCUCAUGGAAUUGUCCAAGCAGUUGGCAUUCGAGGAUGAUGUCAUGGUCACAGGAGCCAUUGCAAUAACAGACCUUCAACAACCCAAGGGCCAAAGGUGGUUUGAUGUCAAGGAUCUCUUUGAGGACUACCAGGAGAGGGAGGAUGAGCUUGCUGACAAUGUUGAUGAGGAUGAGGAUGAGGGCAAAGGUGGACCUCAUGUGUGUUGGGGAGCUGGAGUGGUCCUGCAAACAGUGCAGGAACAUGAAGUGCAAGUGCAAGUGCACUCAUGGGGUAGGGAGAAAGUGAAAGAACUCUGGCACCAUUGGAGCAGCAGGGCCAUCUCACAAAUGAGUCAAAUUGACUAUGAUCCCAAUGGUGGUCCCCAUGGGACCUAUGACUGGUUGAAAAGUGACAAGGGAGUGGAUUGGAGUUGGGCAAAAGGAAUGAAGUGGGGAAAUGAGUAA